AUGACAAGUACACCAAAAAAGUUAAAGCCCUCAUUUAGGUCUUUUGAAAAUAGUGAAUGUAAAUCGAGUGAUGUUGAUUAUGACGAUGAUGUAGAAGGCGGUAAUUUAGUGGCGAUUACAAAUGAAUCAUUUGUGGCUGGUAAACAAAACGAGAUUGGUAUACAAUGUGAAUUAGGUAGUGAAGUAUUAAAAAGUCACCAUGAUUUAUCAUUAAAUUUAUCACUUGAUGAGUUUUCAACUUCGGAGGAUGAAAGUUUUGAAGUUUAUGAUGAGGACAUCGAAGUACUUCAAACUGGAAAAAAUGCCAUAAGGAAAUCUAAAGAAAUAGAAAACGAUUCGUGUUACAUUGUUUUCUGGGAGUCUCUAUAA